GUAGUUGGAGAACGAGUUGAGUGGUGGCCAAAAGUAAUAAUUUCUAAAUAUAAAUAUCAAAUUCGACAAUUUAUAUCAAACAUUGAAUGUUGUAGACAUUGUUAUUUAUUUAAAAUGAUUUUUCUUUAAGUAGUCGUUUGUUAAUGAUUGUUACUAAGUUAUCUUUGAUAUUCUACAUCAACAAGGAGAUCAGAUAAAUUGAUCAGAACUAACCAGUAGUACUAAAUCUCAAUACUUGAGUUGUUAUAAAAAUUAAAUAGAUGAAUAAACAUGGGUGAGAGUGACGACGAAGGUAUCCUUACAGGAAUACUUUUUGGUAAUAUUGACGAGUGUGGGAACUUGGAAAGUGAUGUUUUCGAUUCUUCCGAACAAAAACAUCUUGCUUCUCUCGGAAAGUUAGGAUUUGGUUCAUUUGUUAAAGAAAUCAUAAAAGAAGAUAUUGAUAGUGAUCCUGAAAACACAAAUUUCUCCUCAAGAAAUGAAUCUUCAGAAUUACUCAAACUGUCACAAGAUAGUGCUUAUUAUUCUCAAAAUAGUCAGGAAUUUGAUAAUUUUAACAUUGAUACAAAGUCACCUUCUGCAGAAGAUUUCUUUGAUAUUAAUGAACUAGCUGAAGAAGAUUCUCAAGGUGCUAACGAUUCAUAUGAUGCUGAUGAUGAAAGAGUACAAAUUGAUGAGAAACUUAUGCCUCCUCCUCCUGUACCUGCAAGUAAGGAGUCAAAAGUACAAGAAGUACACCAACAAGUGGGGGAGAUGGAAAGAAAAAAAUUAGAAACCCCAUUGGCUGCUAUGUUACCAUCAAAAUAUGCAAAUGUGGAUGUUACUGAAUUGUUUCCAGAUUUUAGGCAUGGAAAGGUUUUAAGGUUUUCAAGGUUGUUUGGGCCCGGUAAACCAAGUAGUUUGCCAAAUAUUUGGAAAAAUGUAAGAAAAAAGAGAAAGAAACGUAAACACAAGGAAAGUAUGAAUCAACAUGACACUGAUUCAAAUUCUGAUGAUGAAAAACCUAAGAACAGGGGAUGGUUCUUUGACUAUGGUCAAGCAAAACCUGAGAAUACUAUGCACGAUGAUGAGGAGUUAUUUUUGAAACCAGCUGAGGUUCCUAAUGAAGAUAAUAAACAUGAUUCUGAAAAAAAAGAUGAGACUGGUCCAAAAGCUGCAGACUGGCGUUUCGGGCCAGCUCAAAUUUGGUAUGAUAUGCUUGAAGUACCUGAAACUGGAGAUGGCUUCAAUUAUGGGUUCAAGGUUGGGAAUCAAAAUACUGAGAGUGAGAAGGAAGAUAAUAAAGAAAAUAAAGAAGAAGGCUUUCCAGAUGAUGCAUUUUUAAUGGUGACUCAGUUACAUUGGGAAGAUGAUGUUGUGUGGGAUGGUAAUGAUAUAAAGCACAAAGUACAACAAAAAUUGAGCUCUAAAACAAAUGCUGCUGGCUGGGUGCCUAGUAGUGGAAACAGAACAGCCCAGGCUUUUAGCCAACCUGGAAAAGUGGGAACAGCUGUAAGACUUCCACCUGUACCUAAUCCCCCUCUCCCUGGAUUAAAAUCUAAACCACAAAUGCUGAAACCCAGGCAAGAUCCAGAACAAGAUGACACUUGGUAUUCAAUAUUUCCAGUUGAAAACGAAGAUCUAGUUUAUGGAAGAUGGGAAGAUGAUGUUAUUUGGGAUACUGAGAAUAUGAAAUCUAUUCCAAAACCAUCUAUAUUAACCUUAGAUCCAAACGAUGAAAAUAUUAUUUUGGGUAUUCCAGAUGACAUUGAUCCAUCAAAACAAAUUGCUGGACAAGCAACUCCUGUAAAAGUUAAAAUACCUCAUCCUCAUGUAAAGAAGUCAAAGAUUUUACUUGGCAAAGCUGGUGUAAUUAAUGUUUUACAAGAAGAUACACCUCCUCCUCCACCAAAAUCGCCUGACAGAGAUCCAUUCAAUAUAUCAAAUGAUAUAUAUUAUCAACCGAGAACUUCCGAGACCACAUUGAGGUUGAAAGUUGGAGGUGGUAACUUAAUCCAGCAUUCAACGCCAGUUGUGGAAUUAAGAGCUCCAUUCAUUCAAACUCAUAUGGGUCAAAUGAGAUUAAGAAAUUUCCACAGACCUCCUAUAAAACGAUUUUCACAUGGUCCUCUUUUUGAGCCUGGUCCAAAUAGUGUUAUGCCUUUAGUAAAACAUAUCAAGAAAAAGGCAAAGCAACGAGAGGCAGAAAGAAUGGCGUCAGGUGGAGGAGAUGUUUUCUUUAUGAGAACACCAGAAGAUCUAACUGGUCGUGAUGGAGACUUAAUUCUCGUUGAAUUUUGUGAGGAACAUCCACCAUUGAUGAAUCAAGUUGGAAUGUGUUCUAAAAUAAAGAACUAUUACAAACGAAAAGCUGCUAAAGAUUCAGGACCGCCAACUUAUAGAUAUGGCGAGACAGCAUAUGCUCAUACAUCGCCAUUUUUGGGUAUUUUGCAUCCCGGGCAGUCUAUUCAAGCAAUUGAAAAUAAUAUGUACAGGGCCCCGAUUUAUGAACAUACACCACCAGAAACUGAUUUCCUCAUUAUAAGGACUCGCAGUCAAUAUUAUAUAAGAGAAGUAGAUGCCCUUUAUGUAGCAGGUCAAGAGUGUCCUUUGUACGAAGUUCCAGGUCCUAAUUCCAAAAGGGCUAAUAAUUUCGUUAGGGAUUUUCUGCAGGUAUUCAUAUAUCGUUUAUUCUGGAAAAGUAAGCAUAACCCCAGACGAAUAAAAAUGGACGAUAUUAAAAAGGCUUUCCCGUCUCAUUCUGAAAGUAGCAUAAGGAAACGUUUGAAAUUGUGUGCAGACUUCAAAAGAACAGGAAUGGAUUCUAACUGGUGGGUUAUCAAACCAGAAUUUCGUCUACCAACAGAAGAAGAAAUCAGGGCUAUGGUAUCUCCAGAGCAAUGUUGUGCUUACUUUAGUAUGGUAGCUGCUGAACAGCGUUUGAAGGAUGCUGGAUACGGAGAAAAAUUUCUUUUCACUCCCGCUGAAGACGAUGACGAAGAAAUGCAAUUAAAAAUGGACGACGAAGUAAAAGUAGCCCCUUGGAAUACAACAAGAGCAUAUAUCCAAGCUAUGAAGGGAAAAUGCUUACUACAACUUACUGGUCCUGCAGAUCCAACAGGUUGUGGAGAAGGUUUCAGCUAUGUUCGCGUACCUAACAAACCUACACAAAGUAAAGAAGAACAAGAGUCACAACCCAAGAGAACUGUAACUGGUACUGAUGCAGAUUUGAGAAGGUUAUCUCUAAAUAAUGCCAAAGCUUUAUUAAGAAAAUUUGGAGUUCCAGAAGACGAGAUAAAAAAACUAUCAAGAUGGGAAGUCAUUGAUGUCGUCAGAACUUUGUCUACAGAAAAGGCAAAAGCUGGAGAAGAAGGCAUGGAUAAGUUUUCUCGAGGAAACAGGUUCUCCAUAGCUGAGCAUCAAGAACGAUACAAAGAGGAAUGUCAAAGAAUAUUUGACCUACAAAAUCGAGUACUUGCUAGUGCUGAAGUUUUAAGUACAGACGAAGGGGAAAGUUCUGAAGACGAAAGUGAUGAAGAUAUUGAAGAAAUGGGUAAAAACAUUGAAAACAUGUUAGCAAAUAAGAAAACUAGUUCUCAGUUGUCAUUAGAAAGGGAAGAACAAGAAAGACAAGAGCUAAGAAAGAUGAUAUUAGAAGGUGAGAAAAAAGAGAAAGAAAAAAAGAAGAAUGAAGAUGAAAGUGAAGAUCAAAAUUAUAACCAAGGAAGGAUAUUGAAGAUAAUUAGAACAUUUAGAAAUCCCCAAGGUGGAGAAUAUACUAGAGUUGAAUUAGUUAGAAAACCCGUUGUGAUAGACGCAUAUGUUAAAAUCCGUACCACCAAAGAUGAAGAAUUCAUAAGGCAGUUCGCGACUCUCGAUGAGGCACAAAAAGAAGAAAUGAAGAGAGAAAAAAGAAGGAUACAAGAACAACUCAGAAGAAUAAAAAGGAAUCAAGAAAAAGAGAAGAUGGGGGGAAGUCAUUCUCAGAUUCAAAGUUCUCCCAUUGUUCCUCCUGCAGGAACUACUGUUGAAAAGUUGCCAAAUCCUAGCGAAUCUAUUUCAACUCCCAUAACUCCAACUUCUAAUAAGACAAUUACAUCUUCACCUUCAAAACCUAGAAGGAAAACAAAGUUCAAACCAGAUUUGAAAUUGAAAUGUGGAGCUUGCGGAAAUGUUGGUCAUAUGAGGACAAAUAAAGCUUGCCCCUUAUACCAAAAUACAACAGAACUAAAUCCUCCCAUAAAUGUAGCAAUGACAGAGGAACAAGAAGAAGAUAUCGAAAAGCAACUCAAUACCGAUGAUGAAGAUCUUGUUAAUGUUGAUGGUACAAAAGUGAAAUUAUCUGGCAAGUUAUUGAAAAAUUAUUUCCAGCAUGCAGAAGAAAUCAAACGUAAGAGUUUGAUGUUGAAAGUUCCAAAGGAUGCACUCGGUAAAAAGAGACGAAGAGGUGUUCAAGAUUUACAUUGUGAUUAUCUAAAAAGACACAACAGGCCUGCAAAUAGAAGGCGAACUGAUCCUGUUGUCGUUCUGUCCACUAUACUAGAAAAUAUUCUUAAUGAAAUGAGAAACUUACCAGAUGUACAGCCAUUUUUGUUUCCCGUUAAUCAAAAGUUAGUUUUAGAUUAUUAUAAGAUAGUUCAAAGACCUAUGGAUUUACAAACAAUACGAGAAAAUUUGAGACAGAAAAAAUACCAGAGCAGAGAAGAAUUUUUGGCAGAUGUUAAUCAAAUUGUGGAGAACUCAACUAUGUAUAAUGGAGCAAAAAGUAGUCUCACAAUAGCCGCUCAAAGAAUGCUCAACAAAUGCGUAGAACGUUUAGGAGAAAAAGAAGAUCGACUUAUGAGAUUAGAAAAAGCUAUCAACCCAUUACUAGAUGAUAAUGAUCAGGUAGCUUUGACAUUCAUUUUAGAAAAUGUGACCAAUGCAAAAUUGAAAACAAUGUCUGAAUCAUGGCCGUUCCUUAAACCUGUAAAUAAGAAGUUAGUUAAGGAUUAUUACAGUAUUGUUAAGAGACCAAUGGAUUUGGAAACUAUAUCAAAGAAAGUGGCAGCUCAUAAAUACCAUAGUAGGCAUGAAUACUUACUAGAUGUCGAACAAAUAUUAGAAAACUGCAUUUUGUACAAUGGUAAAGAUUCUACUUUCACUGAGAAAGCAGAAAUUUUAGUCAAAGCUUGUAAGGAAACUUUAGAUGAGUAUGAUGAGCACCUUACACAACUUGAAAGUAGAUUGAGUUUAGCUCAAGAAAGGGCCAUGCUGGAUGAUGAUCAAUCUUGGAUAGGUGGAGACGAAGAAAAUUACACUAUCGCUGAACCAGAUCGAAGUAGUCAAACAAGCUCACCUGAUCAUCUAUCGUCUGUAAAAUCACAGGUAGACGAAUUCGACCUCAUAGAUGUUGAAGGAGAAGGAAUGCAGGCACUCGAAAACUCAUUGUUACCUCCUCCUCCGAAACAGCAAAAGAAAAAUCCUAAAAAGGAAGAAAUACAUACUUUGGAGGAAGACCUUCAAUUUUCAAGCGAAGAAGAGCUGGAUGAAGUUCCUCUACAUGAAUUUGAAGAUGAUACUAAGGGGAUCCUUAUUUCAGCGGAGAUGCCAAUGGAAGGUGUCGUUGCUGAUGAUGAUAGUCAGCAGGCUGCUGAAGCUAUGGUACAGUUAGGAACAAUGGGAUAUUAUCCUCCAAACGAGGGUCCCGAAGCAGACAAUGCAGAAGCCUUUAUGUACAAAGAGGAAAGUAUAGAUGUCGAUCCCAAUUAUGAUCCAUCAGACUUUUUAAUGUCUGGUCUUCCUCUUCGCAAAGUCGAUGAAAGUGAACUUCAACAAGAAACUGCUAUGAAAAUUCAUGAUGAUCUAGCUGUUAGUGAAAGUGAUGACGAAGGUACGAACAUUCCACAGGAAAAUCAAGAAACUCUCCCAGACGAAGAUGGUGCUGGUGACAUAUGGUUUUAAAACCACGUGGGUGUUAAUUUACUGCCACGUGUUAUAUUUAAGUUUAAUUUAUUGUAUAUAUAAAAAGGUUUGUAAUUCAUAGUAAAUAGUAACAAUUAAAAGUGAAUAAUCCUAUAAAGAGAAUGUUGUGGUUUGUUGAUGUUCAUGGCUAUACCAGUGUAGUAUCGCUUUUCAUCAUUUGAGUCACUAUUUUGUUUUAAUAUGUUUUUCCUUUUUUCCAAGUUAUUCUGGAAAUAUUCUAGCUAAUUUAUAAAUCAGACAGAAAUAGUCAGAAUUUAUAAAAACGUUAAAAUUUCAAGUAGUAGGUUUGCUAAUGUUUUAAAUUUAUUAUUAAAUUUACUCUCCAGUGUGUUACAAUACCUUUAAGUCAUCGAGUAUUGAUAUUUCUCUUAGUAAUCACUAAGAAGAGCAAAUAUGUUUGAUAUGGGAUUAAAGGAUAAUUAAAUACAAUAAGGUUAGCUGCAUAAAUUUAUUUAAUAUAUUUAUUACACAUAAUGGAUGAUUUAUUUAUAUUCGAUUUUUGAGUUAUUUUUUAUGGGUUAAACAAUAAUCACAUAAUAUCUACAGGUGAAAGAUCGAAGAUUAUAAUGAGAAGGCACCGCUGAAAGAAGACGGGAAAUUCAAUACAAUCGCAUAAAACAGCUUGUAGUCUUCUAAAUUGACGACAGACGUUAGGAUAACAUUGAUUAAAAAAAUGCCACAAAUAAAAACUUUUUUUAUGUUGCUAAUAAUUAUAAUACAGUGGAACGUCGAAAAUCCGAAGCAAUCAUCAUUGCGUUUAAAUUGUACGGAUCCUUGUCUUCCUACUGUACUUACUAAAUUAAUAUAAUGAAGAUGUUGAAUAUAAAUUUAUUUAAAGCUGCUGAAUCACAUCGAGUUGGACUGCAAAUUACAUUGAUAUUUGUGGAAUUUUAUGAAUCUGAUUCUAACAACUGGUAGCACAGGAGAAUCUAGACCACUAAAAACAUCUUACAGGAAUCAUAAAAUAUUUCUGUUAAAUUAUUUGAAAAAUUCAAAUAUUCAUUCAACUAAUGAAAAGUAAGAUGAUAUCAGCAGAAGUACUUGAGAAUAGGAGUAAUUAGAACUGAAAAAAAAACUAUAUAGACGUGGUGGCUUGGAGGGAAAACCGAUAUUGAACUAAAAAAUGUAUUCAAUAUUUAUGCAACAGCAAAAAAUAUUUAUUCAAAAAUUCUCAAUACAAUAAAGUAGAGAGAUUGAUUAUAAUGAUAUUUAGCAGUGAGGGGCGAUUAAUAAAUGAAAAAAAAACAAUUUAAACGAACAACAACGAAUCAACAAAUCAAUAAAUUUUCAAAUGUCAAUAGACAAAAUCUCAUUAAUUCAUUUUAUUAUUUAAAUUAUAUGUAUAGUGAUUGUGUUACCUUCUUGGAGUUUUUUACUUCAGUUCAUUGCUGAUUGUGUGAAAUAUGUGGAUUGAUGCCAUUUGUUAUAAAAUAUUUUUUUCUAAUUAUAUACAAGGUGGUUAAUCUACCCAGAACCUUUUUAAGGCUCAACUUUUUCCCUCGCAUAUUAUAAAAUAAAAUUUAUAGAACAAUUUAUGUGCCAUCUUUUAACAUCCUCAAGGAAAUAUUGUUUCAUAAAAAAUCAAUAUAACGUAAAAUUGUGGCUGUGUUAUUAAUGAUUUGGAAAUUAUUUCACGUGCAACAGUUUUUUUAAAUAAUAUUGUACAAUUACGCCGGAAUUUAUAUUAUUCACGUUUAUAAUUUUCUAUUAAAAUUUUGAUGUUUUUCUACAAUCUAUCAAAAAUUGCCAACUUCUCCUAUUUUAUACUACUUUUAUAGAUAAUCCGCAGCCCGUAAGGUUUCAAAGGCCAAGUUACAGGAGAAAUGAAGAAUAUAAAUAAAAGUCAAAUUGUUGCAGUAUACAUUGUAAUAAUGUGCCCGUUGAAAUGCCUUAAAUAAGGGUGGUGUCACAUUAGCAUCAGGGUAAAUUUUUUUACUGCAUUAUUUUGUACAGCGCAAGCCGUUAAAAUUUUUAAUAAUGAACUGCUUGAGCUACAUUCAUACCAUUCCCUUUGUCUACAUCAGCGCCAUUUUUAUAAAGAACAGGAUUGGAUUAAUUUAUAGAAGCGUCAAAAUUUUUAGUAAAGUAAAAUUCCUAGUAUGUACAAUAUUAUUCAAUCAUUUUUGUUUUUUAUAUGUUUCAAGAUCUUUCUAAAUUUGCCAUUACAGACAUUAAAACAAAAAUAAUAUGAAAUAUCUCUUUUAGUGGCCAAUUAGACGUCCCAAUAUAGUAGGUGGAAAUGUUAAUUCUAAAAUAAAUUAAUAAUGACUUUAUGCUGUUUAUACACGCAUCUAAUAAAACAUAUAAUUUAAAAUUAGUUAAAUAGAUUAACAUAUUUACAAAUGAUGACAUUUAUUGCUAAAGAUAAUACAAAUAUUAGAUACUAAGAUAAUAUAAUACCAGAGGUUAAUCGAAUAGAAAACAACUCUUUUGAACUGACUCAAAUAGAAUGAUUAUUUGAAAUGGUAGCAUAUUGUAAACACAGUAGGUAACUUUUGAUUAGGUGAAAAUAUUUUUAUCAAUAAAUUUGAGACGUUUAAAAACUGGUUAAUGUGUAGCACAACGUUGCUGUAUUUAUGUCUAUGAUACUAUCUUGCUCUCAACUAAGACUUUCAUGAUUUGAAAAUUUCUUGUGUAAAUAUUUUAAUUUGCUUUCUUUUCUGACGAAAAUUAUCAUUUUUACGCAAAGUGUCGCACAUAAAACACUCCAUAAUUAUUUAUAUUCCACUUUUAAAUUGAAGAAAAACACUUAUUUAAAAUAUUUUUUAAAUAUAAUUCGUAAUAAAACAGUACGUGAACUAAAUGGGGUGAAAGUAUACAAUACAAAUGAAACGGAGCAGUUGUGCAUAUUAUGACCUAAUCUUCUUCUUUUCUCUAUAUAUGUAAGGGGGCGGCCAUUAUUUACGUAAGGGGUUUAGCUGAAAAAAAUGUCCAAAACCGCCUCACGUGAUUAAUAGACGUGAUUAAUAGACGCCCCCUAAUACAUAUAAACGUGCGAUAUUCGCGAAAAUUACGAAGUAAGCGACAUCUGUUGAUUUUCUUUCAAACUUCAAUAGAGGUGAACAAUAAACCCAGAAUACAAGUUUUGUUGUUUUAUAAACAAUAAAAAGUGUUAUUCGAAAUUUUAAUCUGAAUAGUAUAAUAAUAUACCUGUUUAAAAUGCUUUUCUAAGAUAAAACAACCACACAUCUAUAAGGUGUAUUUCGAAAACAAUAAAAACGUGGGUAAAAGUUGUAGUGUUACAAAUGUACGAGUUAUUAAAAAUCUUAUUAAUAUGGCCAAUAAAAUUCUUGUGCAUCUUUUUGGUAGUUUCGUGUAUAUACAAAUGAAUUUCUUAUAUUUAACUACUUCAUUCAGAUUAAUUCUUAUCUCAAGACCCAAGGCUGUAAAUACAAACAAAAGAUGAUAUUUACCUAGUAGUUUGGAAAAAUACGUUUAAUUUAAUUUAAAUUUAAUGUUUUCAAUCGAUGUUGUUAGUUGUCUACAGUUUACUGAAUAAAUUUGUUUAUAAUGAAAUUAUUUUCAAAAUAUUUUGUUAACUCUCUGUCAUUCUUAGAAUAUAAAAGAGACCAAUAAAAAAGCAAGUCAUUCAUUCAAACUGACCUACACCAACUUCUCAUAGUUCAUUGACUUUUUUAUUUUUCACACGUGUUUAUACAUAUGAAACAAUAAUAUGAUAGAAUUUAUAACAUCCAUUUCUCAUUAACGGCUUAUAUUAUUUCUAUCGUUUUAAUUCCAAUUUUUGUAUUUAUAAAUUUUUGGAUAAAAUUUACGUCAAAAAACUAUAUUUUUGAGAUAUGCUGCCAUUUCAAUUGUUCAUGCUAUCAAUAAAUAAUAAAAUUAUAAUAAAUAGACAUACAAAAUACAAAACAACUGUAGAUAAUUUAGGUAAUUUGUCGAAAGAAACAUUGAAAUCAACAAAUUAUGGUGGAAUGCACCGGUACCCAUUAUUGCAACUGCCAUCAGUCUAUCUUCAUAAUCUAAAAUCUAUGUAGAUUCGACUAAAUUAAACGAGAAGCCUUCCUAAAAACACACUGGUUUAGCCAAAAGAGCACAGUUAUUGCUACGAUGAGCAGUCAAAAAGUGCUGUAUUAGAGUAAGAAAAAUAUUCAUGUUAAUAGCAACUCAUUCAGUCAUUUAGAGAUGAAAUCACAACCAACCGCCAUAUUGUGUUGGGGACAAACAUUGUGUUAUUUACAAUAAAAUUGUUAUUAGUA